AAUCGAGCCGAUUGGAGCAUUUAGUAGCAUCCCAACUGUUGACGUGUAAAGGUUAAUUGUCCCGGGGCCAGUCAGUGACUUGCGGUGGCAUAAGUGAAUAUUCUGAUGAUGGUUUUGUGACUUGGUCUUUAGUGAUUUUGAAUAAAGAGACGUGAUGCUUUAAACAUUACGAAGCGCUUGUUUUACGCGAUUUUGAACGGCUGACGUAUCAAGGCCGUAGCAUUUCAUGGCAGCGUCAGGAGAUGAGAUCCAAACACGGAAUCUGUUAGGCAAGUGUUUUGUGAAGCGAAAUUUUUUCGCCGUGGUAUCGAGAAGCCGAGAUGAGCAGGGCUGCCUAAAAUACGGCUUUCUCUUAUCUUGAAGAGCUUUUCUCGGAUUUUCAUGUCUGUCUUACGAAUCAUCCAGUAGAUGCAAUAAUGAACCGAGGUGCGUUGCUGUAUGAGGAGUUACCUAACGACCUAACAGUGCUGUGCUAAUCUGAAUGUGAUUCACACAAGUGAUGUUGUGACGAAGUGUUUCAAGGUGGUUUAUUUGUCCAAACCAAUCAUUUCAUUUUAGUUCUACGAAACCUCCUAAUAUAUCUUUGAAAACAAUUAUUCGAAACAAAUAAACUAUCAGGUUUGUGUAAAGAUUUCUGUGACUUUACCGAGUGUAGAUGUUAUCUAAAACGGAAAUAGCAAACGAAUAGUGAAAAAGGAAUUUUUGUGAAAUACAUAAAAAAUCAAGAGAAGAAAAGAGUUAAAUAUCUAAAGCCAAUAAGGUAAAAGAAAGAAAAAAAUUGAAUUGUCAAACCCCGAGAAAAUAAUAAGUCAUGUGACAUUCCAAGAGAAACGUGAAUGUGUUUAAUACAGGUGUUACCCGGAGGUCACUUCGCCAACCCUUCCUACCUGGUCCUUUUCCCCCUCGUUAGAGAAUGCCCGCGAGUGUUCAGUGUUGACACCGAGUAGUCUCCAACGGAUGUGCCAUGAGGGCUGGAAAGCCAUCGACAGGCAGAUGUCAGCAAAACCGAGUCAGCAGAGACGGCAGAUGAGUCUUCAACAGACGCCCGUUUACGUCUGCUGACUAUGAGGCCUUUUCUGUUGGAAUCGCUGUUCCUGAGGUCUCUCCUGCUGGCGCUGACGGCGCCUCUUACGUUCGUCUCAGCAUCGCUAACCACAGAGGGAGAAUGCCGGGUUGCCCUUGGCAUGCAAUCGGGCAGCAUACCCGACGAACAUAUUUCCGCUUCUUCCUAUUUCGAUGCCGCUGUCAACGCCAUCUAUGCCAGGGCUCACAUGGACCUCGGAGGAGGGGCAUGGUGCCCACGGGAGAUGGUGUACCGGGAGGGGAAGGAGUUCCUGGAGGUCAACCUCGGCAGCGUCCACAUCAUCACCAAGGUCGAGGUCCAGGGCCGCUUCGGGAAUGGCCAAGGGCAGGAAUUCACGAGGUACUAUAAGCUUCAGCUCUGGAGGCCCGGCAUGAAGCACUGGGUCACUUACACCAACGGCAGAGGCGAAGAGUUGCUGGAAGGAAAUACCAACACCUACUUGGCGCAAACUUCCCUGUUGAGUCCACCGGUCAUAGCGACCAGAGUGAGAUUCGUUCCGUACAGCGAUCAUCCCAGGACGGUCUGCAUGAGAGUGGAGCUCUUCGGAUGCCCUUACACAGACGGCGUCGUCUCCUACUCCAUGAUGGAUGGGGACAUGCGGGGUGGGGAUGAGAACUUGCGUGACCUGACCUACGACGGUACAGGUCACGGAGGCUGGCUGUCGGGUGGACUGGGUCAGCUCGUCGAUGGAGAGACGGGUCAUACGAAUUUCAGAGUGGAUGCUCACGGAAGGGAUCGAGGAUACGAGUGGGUUGGGUGGAAGAACGACUCGCACGAAGGGAAGCCCGUCGAAAUCACCUUCAACUUCGACACAGUCAGGAAUUUCUCGAGUGUUCACCUCUACGCCAACAACCUCUUCACCAAAGAAGCCGAGGUGUUCUCUCGAACGCAAGUGUUCUUCAGUCUGGACGGAGAGCACUUCGACGCCCAUGCCCCGGUCGAAUUCGAGCCCCGGAGCGACCGCAUUUUCGAGAAUGCCCGAAAUGUCACCAUCGACCUGCAGAGCAUCUCGGCCAAACACCUGAGGUUUCGGCUCUACUUCGCCCGUCGCUGGAUCAUUAUCUCGGAGGUCGUUUUCGAAUCAGUUCCUUGUUCCUGCAAUUCGACUCAGGACGAGCCCUCAUUGGUCCCGAUGAUUGAAGAAGAGAACACAGCCAAUCCAGACGUGAAAGACCUCACCCCUGUUGUCCCAGCUCAAAGUCCCUCCUCCAGACUCUUAGUCGGGGUGCUAGUUACGCUAGGUGUAAUAUUUGGUGUCGUCCCUAUAGCUCUGUGCAUUUUUUACUAUCGCUACAGACUUACAAAGACCAAGACACCACCUUCUACACUGAACAGUAUCGACGCCAAGAAAGUGUCAAUGAAAAUGAGGGACUUCCAGAUGAAUAUGAGCCUGACUUCGACGUCAAAUGGGUUUUCCAGAUCCAAAGGAGACCUGUACGGUCAUCUUCCUCUGGAUGAGGAGGCAGUUGCUAUGUACCAGGAGCCAUUUAAGUCUCCCCUUCAUAACCCAGGAUAUUUUACGGUGGGACCCACAAUGAAACCCGCAGAAGUCCCACUCCAGUGUCCCUUCCCCCUCGAUACUGAUGACUCUGUCGACUAUGCCGUGCCUGAUCUAACCAUGGCAUCUUCUACGCCUUUCCCAGAUAUAUUUUCGUCUCCCCCUCCGCCGGUGCCUCUGACUCGCCCACCGUCUAAGUUACCAAACAUCAGAACUCGCACAGAUGUCCCAAUAUCAAAGCCUAUCCCGGCAAUGCCCCCUCCACCUGACCAGCAAUAUUUUGUUGCACCGCAGCUUUGUCAUGCAUCAAAUAUCCAGGGAGUAACGGGAUCGGUGAUCUAUGCUGUUGCUGAUGCUUCGAGCUCGAACACGGAGAAACCAGUGCCUGAAGUGGACGGUGCAAGUAUAAAGGCCUUGGAAACACUAGGUGAAGGACUCUUUGGUAUUGUCCAGCUUUGUGAAAUAGAAGAUGGUUAUGGCGGCACAAAGUUGGUUGCCAUGAAGAGCCUCAAGGUUGGCACUGAUGAAUCUGCAAAGAAAGAUUUCCAUCAAGAAAUCCGUUUGCUGAGUCAGCUCGAUGACCCUAAUAUUGUAAAACUUGUUGGAAUGGUAACACAGACAGAACCCUUGUGUGUGCUCUUAGAGUAUAUGAAAUACGGAGAUUUAUAUCAGUUUCUGCGGCGACACAAUGGAGAAGGCACUGUUACUCCUAUUAGUUUUACUGAUCCAGAAGGCGAACUGGGACCAACUUUAAGUUAUGGUGCUCUCAUCUAUAUAGCAUCCCAGAUAGCUUCUGGAAUGAAACACUUAGAAACUCUUAAUCUCGUUCACAGGGACUUGGCUGCCAGGAAUUGUCUCGUUGGCAGUGGACUGACAAUAAAAGUUUCAGACUUCAGUAUGAGCCGUGCUCUUUACUCGAGUGAUUAUUAUCGAAUAGGCGAAGGGAGAGCACUCCUGCCGAUACGGUGGAUGGCUUGGGAGUCCAUCCUUCAUGGCAAAUUUUCCACAAAGAGUGACGUUUGGUCUUUUGGUGUUACCAUGUGGGAGAUCCUAACGAUGGCCCGCCAGCAGCCGUAUGAUGACCUAAGUGAUGAAGGAGUGCUGGAGAAUGUUUCCCACUGCUACCAUGGGGAUGAAACCAAUAUGAUACUGUUACCCCAUCCACCCUUGUGUCCGAGGGAGAUGUACGACAUGAUGACCGCCUGCUGGAGACCCAACGAACGUGACCGACCUCCAUUUUGGGAAAUUCUUAUGUUCCUACAAAGGAAAAAUUUGGGUUAUACUCUGGACUACAAAGAGUGAAACUCUUGUUAUGUGACUUGUUUUUAUGUGCCAUAUAGAUCUCAGUGGGUUGUACAUUUUUACGUGAUUAGUUUAAUAGGACACGAACCAUGGUGCAUUUAAGUGUGAUUUAGUUUGUUGUUCAAACUUGAGUGUAGUCAGUAGAGAGCUGUGGCAUUUAAAAUGAUGUAAAUCAACCUUCUGUGGAUUGCGCUUGAACCAUGAUGAUGUCAAGUGAUUAUGAUCUGAAAGGUCUCAUGCCAGGAAGGACUAAACUGAAAGUGAUGACAAAAAUAAAGGUCCUGGACUGAAUGUUAACUCCUGUAUCUGGAAAGAGAGGUGAUAAUGGCAUGUGCCAAGUUCCAAUAUCGUCCAAUUACAGUUCAUCUGAUGGCAUUUACAUAUUUCAUAUAAACAGGAAAUCAAAUAUCAGCGAUUUUGAAGAGAAUGUAGAAUUUUCCUACUCAUUUUGAACUUACGCACCCGAAGUGAAACUUUGAAAAUACGAGUAGAAUGUGUUCUUAAUUUAUAAUGCGAAUUUUGAAAUAAUCCCCAUCAGCAAUUCUGCUAUCCUUGUUGUGCUAAGAGUUAUUUUAUCUUAGUUUCAGAACAGAAGAUUCUUAUGGGGCCUUUUUUGGGAGGGUUGUGGCUUAGCCUGUUUGCAGGGUAUCAUUUGCAACAGUUAACUAUUUGCUUUCGCUUGGCAAAAGUCAAUAAGCCGCCUACGCGUCACCAGAUAUAUUUUAAUUCCUCCAAAGUGAAGUUUUGAGUGAACUUUUUAGGGAAUAGUACGUCACGUUUUGUGGAGUCUACGCCCCACUGUAUGGAGGUGGUAGCUAAUCGACGUUGUUGACCGAGAAGUAGCGGCGGUGAUGUUUCAGUAGUACGUAAAGAAAAGUUGUCUUUGUAAUCAUAAGUGUUCGUAGCUGAAUCUGGAGAAAGCAGAGUUUUUCUUCGGAGGUUUUGUGAUUUAUCUGUGAUACUACAUAAUUGCAUUAAUCGGAGGUUUGCUUUUGAUUAAAACUCUGAUUUGAUUUCUGUUGUGAAUCUUUGUCGAGGUAAGUUUACUUUGUUGUGUAUGUGAAAUGUGAAUACUAGAUACCACUGAACAAGCCUGGUGCGGAAGAUUUCAGUUGUAUGUUGACAAAGGAAGGCACAAUGCAUGCCAGACGUGACGGAAACAAUGUUCAAAUCAUGAAUAUUCCAAAGGACAUAUGUACUGCAUUAGCCAAGAAUUAAUGUCUGUAUGGUUGUAACAAAUUUCUGUAAGUGCCAUAGAAUAUUAGAAAGCUUCAAAACAACCGUUAAAAAGUUCCACAACUUAAAAUUAUAAACUGGACAGUAGCGAUUACUGUACUGAUAUGGAAGAGUGUACAUUAAUUGUAAAUCGUUCUAUUGAAAGACUUUUGAAUGAAAUACUGAGCUGUCAGUAUAAAGAAUAAUGGAGGGGAACUACAAUUCAAGCGAGAGAUUCCCCUUCUGAACUCAAAUAAUUAGAAAGACAUAUCGUAAUGAAUAAGCCACCGUUCAGCGCUGUGUAAAUAGCUAUAGACAGUAAGGGGAUUGUUAUGUCAUUCAAUGAAGAUGUAAUAAAGUAAGAGUCGACUCUGUGGCAAUAAGUUAACGUUUCUGUUUGAUGCUCACCUUAGGUAGAUGUACGCAUAGAAAUUGUCUUGAUUCAUGAAA